GCCAGGAACGGUGAAAGUAUAUGGAUAAGUGAGAUGCUUCCGGUCUGUGACUUGCAUCUCUUGUCGAUCCGGGUUCGCGGAUGCAGCGACCAACGGCGGCUCACCGCCCGCCCUCGUGCGGAUGAUCUCCGACCACGAGUGACAAUGAGCUUCCAUUAUUGCCUGCCGACAUCCUGCAAGACAAUGCCCACGUGGUGUUGUUCUGGGCUAUCCUGCUACAAUCGGGCCGUGCCAUCGGGAUAUCCAGGUCCUUUUAAACCAGCCAUGUCCUAACCAUACAGCUACUUGUCCGGUCAUCCCACUAGUCGGUCAAUAGACAACAUGCGUCUUUCGUCCGUUUUUGCAGCAUGUGCUGUCCUCAGGUCUAGCACUGCGCUAAAUCUCACUGUUUCCCGCCCCAAUGAGACAUUCGUGCCAGGCAACAAACUGCCUGCCUCGCAUGCUACCUCAGACGGUGCCUCGAUCGUGGAGCUCUUCACCAACAUUGGCCGCUCCACAGCAUGGAAGAUUGUUUCCAAGACUCGAUUUGAGGGAGACACGGGUGAACCCGAAGGCAUGGUCCGUAUAGGUGAUGAUCGUUUCUUCGUCUCUGCCGGCCAAUGGACUGUCCCUACGGUCCACUACAAUCGGACCAUCAACGGCACAGAUCGCACAGCAGGAGCGGGAUACGCACAUAUGCUAGUCUAUGAUGGGCAGGGUAACCGCAUCGCAAAUGCGACCCUAACUGCACCCGGCAACAUCGAGUACCAUGGCGGAGGCAUUGACUACGACGGUCGAUACAUCUGGAUCACACUAGCCCAGUAUCGACCAAACACGACCGCCACAAUCACUCGAAUCGACCCUUUGACCCUGGAGCAGACGCGUCUCUUCCGCACUGCAGACCACAACGGAGGCAUCGUCCACGAUACCAUCACCAAUAACCUCGUCACCUUGAACUGGGGCAGCCGCAAUGCCACUACCUGGUCCUUGCAGAACUACCCUCACGGCUUCACCCCUCUACCUGGCUUCACUGCCCCAGACACUGCUAUGCCAAACCCUAGCUUCUUUACCGAUUAUCAGGACUGCAAGUUCCUUGGUCAUCACCUACCACCCUCUUCCAUUCUGCAGCAAUCCAGCAUCAACGUCGAGAAUACUAAACGGCCGCUCAUGCUCUGCGGUGGUGUUGCUACCAUCUCAGACUACAAUCUGGGCGGUCUGGCUCUUGUCGAUUUGCAAACCAUGCUGCCAGUAUGGGAAGUGCCAAUGUCCCUGACGAGCGAUUUGGGUACGCCCCUAACGCAGAAUCCGGUCGACGUCGCAGUCGUAGAUGGCAAACUGCGGGUGUACUGCCUGCCUGAUCAGCAUGUAUCGACGCUGUAUGUCAUCGAAGCUGCUUAAAGUUAGUGUAUAAGUAGUAGAUAGAUAUACUACAACUAAUAAAGAAGGGAUAUUGCUUCAGAAUCAAUAUGUUAUGCUCUGAGGGACUAUUGUAAAGUAUAUACUGCAUAAUUGCUUUCUUGUUCAUUAUCUCUCAUGUACAUGAAAAAGCACUGGAUGGGAUGAGGACGUCUUCCACAUGGAUAAAAAGACAAUUUCUGAUUAAGGUACAUCAAUAAAGAACCAGAAUGCAUACUGACUGGAGCAGUAGUUCCUUGUUAUCGGUAUAAUCGCUUGAAAAGAGCAAAAUAUGACAGCGAGGGGUAUCCAUUCGUGCUAUCAUUCCCAAGAGAAGAUUGCCUUCCGGAGAUGAGAAAUCAUUCAAACAGGCUAUGCAACUUGCUCAAAAAUCGACGUUUGGACAGAAACGGGCGAAGGGAUUAAUCAGAAACU